UUACUUAAUAGUUAUACACAUAGUAAUAAUAUGGUCUAAACGUGCGCCGAUUAUACAGUGUACUAGUACAGUAUACAGUUUUAGAUUAUUCAAUUAUUACACAAGCUACCUAAAUUUAACUAUAAGUCUGUAGAACAUAAUGUUCUAGCUCUACGAUUAAACGGUUAUUGAUUAGAUCAAACCAAAAGAAAUUAACAUAUUUUAAAUUUUGUUUUUUUUUGUUGACAAUUAAAAACUAUACAUUGUAUUCAAUCUAUUUUUUGGUAUUUGACUUUAUUUUAAAACAAUGGUUAAUACAAAUACAUUUUUUUUAUUAGUACUUAUAGCUUUUAUUUCCACUAUAAGAUAUGCUGUAAGUAUAUCAUGUUACCAAUGCAACAGUACUGACAUCAAUGAUCAAUUCCGUUGUACAGAGUUUAUGGAUACGUACGGCUUGGACCCUCAACCUUGUACAAGUGUUUACAACGCUGCUUAUUGUGUGAAACUGAUAGGUCGCUAUGAAGGAGGACUUGGAGUUACACGUUAUUGCUCAUCACACAAUUUGGGAAAUUACUGCAAUUAUGUACAACGGCCAGGUGAUGUAUUAGAAUAUCGAACAUGUGUUUAUACUUGUGAUUCUGAUGGUUGUAAUGGUUCAAGCCAAGUAAAGUUAUUUGGGUAUUUGAUUGGUUUGUCUUUUUUGCCAUGGUUUAUAAAUCUAUUAUCUUAAUUAUUAACAUUACCAAAAUAAUCUGAUUUAAACUCAUUUGAUUUAUUAGUAGGUUACCUAUAGCACAUUUUAAUUAUUAUUUAAAAUUUUACAUAUUUUAUAUUUUAUAAAUUGAUCAUAGAUACAGUAAUGAAUUCCACCAUUUUCAAAAAUACUAUUUAUUGACAUUUGUAUAUUUUUUUGGCCUUCAAAGUAAGGACGUUUAGUUAUGAAAAACUAAUAUUGCUUAUAUUUGUUAUGAUCUGAUCAAUUAUAUAAAUAUUUAUAGGUAUAUUAUAUAUCAUAAUAAGUCAAAUCCACAUAAUUCAAAGUAACUAUAUUGUAAUUACUAUAUAUAUUUUUAAACAAAAUGGAUAAAAUUUCAUGAAAUGCAGUAUUAUUAAAUAAGUAUAAUAUUAUAUAAAAGAAAAAUAAUGUCACAUGUCAACUAAUAGCCAAGUUAUUGAGGCUUAUUUCUAAUAAUAAUAAUAAAAAAAAAUCAUUAAUUGGAUAUUUUUAUUCGUCAUAUGUAUGUCGAAUGUCUAUAUUGUAUUAUUUAUAAUUCAGAGUAACUAAACUUUACAUUAAUUAAUCAAUACAAAUGAUUGUUUAUUUUACAUAUUAUUUUAUAAAAUAAGUUUCAACAUUGACGCAUUUAUAUAUUGAAUUACUUUUAAAUUAACAAUUUUUUUUAAUAAUUUUUAAUUUUUUUUUUUGACAAAAUCAAAAAUUAAUUGUAACAAUAAUAUUUUUUAAUAUGAUGACAAUCUUCUGACAAUUAUUUUGUUUGGUGCAUCUAUUAAAACUAUUCAUUUUUGAUUUAUCAAUAAAUUAAAUUCCAUGAAAAAAAAAAAACAAUCAUUUGUAUAGUUUUAUGUUUUUCAGCUAUGGUAUUUUUUUAAUUUUUCAUUAAUAAUAUUCUUAUAAAAUUACAAAUUAUAUACAAAUUCACAAAUACAUUUAUUUUUCUUUAUUAGGAAUCUUAAAUCAUAAUAAAAAUAAUAAUAAUAAUAAAUUGUUAAAUUAUUAUAAAACUUAUAAUAAUAGUUCUUUUAUUUAAUGUGUUCAAAUUAAAACUAGGAUAGAUAUAGAUAUUUUUUUUAAAUUUUAUGUUAGUCCAUUAGAAAUAAUAAUUUUUAUAUGCGUAUUGUAAUAAAUAAUAAUUUAAUACAACCAAUCCGUCCAAUCAUAUGACUGAACCAAAUUAUGUUUAUAUUAUAUUUUUAAAUAGUAUUUUUUACACUGUUUGUAUUAUUAUUAUUAUUAUUAAAUAAAUUAUAUGAUCGUUGAUUAACAAAAAUUUACAUGUUUAUCUAUC